GGGAAAGGUGCUUAUGGAUAUAUAACUGCAGUAAAGUAGCGGUUUUUAUUUCAAACAGUUUACUCUUGUUGAGAAAAAACAUCGCAAAUCUGGCUUCCUCAAGUGAUAUACGAGAAAAACUGCAAAAGAAACGACGGGCUUUCCAAGAAACUCUAGUUAAGAAGAAAAAUGAGGACGACGUCCAGGCUCUGGUUCCUUCUAUCAAACUGUGUGAAGACGACCCACAAACUUCAAUGAAGGCGCCUGAAGACGGUGAAGAAGAUGAAAGAGAGGCUUUGAAACGCCAUUUAAGAGCUGAGAGACAGAAGAAAAAGAAAAGGCUGCUUGAACAGUCUUCCCUCCAGGAGUCCCAUGAUGCUGGUGAUGUCAAGGAUGUCACUUCCAUCCAGCAGUAUAGUGCAGAUGAGGGACCGUCUGAGAAAGCGGACAAUUCAGUGGUUUUAUCGAAAUCUCGCACUGGUUCUCAGAAAGGUCUCACCUCAAGAACUCAGCACACUCACCAUUUAGAUGACUUUGUGAAACGACGCUUGGAAGAGAAACUAAAAGCAGCCAGGUCUAAAGGUGAGAGCCUUCAGGAUAAGGAGGCCUCUCUCGAGUUUCCCAGUCGUCUCCAUAGCCUCAGAGACAGAGACACCGUAACAAGGUUUGACAGAGAGGCUGAUGCAGACAGAGCUGGAAGACGGGACUCCCCUCCACCCCUCAGCACCAGGGUCAGGUUCAGAGAAGCAGCAAGACAAGUAGGAAAAGGCCUGCCGACAGCUGAAGAAGCAUUCAAUUUCUUCACGUUAAACUUUGACCCCGAUCCACCAGAUGUGACUGAGACGAGCAGCAGGAGAAGACAAAAACAGAGGAAAACAACAGAUGAAGAUGAAGAUCAUGAAGAUGUUGAUGAAAAUAUUCAAGAAGAAAAUGAAACCCAGAGUGAAGAAGCUCCUCUUGUACAAACCCAAGAAGAUUUAUUUGUCAUUGACCAGUCAACCCAGGACUUCUUGGAAAUAAGGAAAGCUGAGUAUGUCGGGUACCAAAAACUUCUUCAGCGACAAAGCGAACUCCUGUUUACACCCAGCUUUCGAACAGUUCCAACCUCCAUCAAACUGCCUGAAAACAUGAAACCUCGAUACCUGGAGGAUGAGGGUCUCUAUGUAGGGGAAAGGCCUCCCGUAUCCCUGACAAAUGAGAAUAUUCUGGAGAAUCGGAUUUUGAAAAUGGAGGAGGGGAAGAAGUGGUUUGGAGAUGAUGGCAGGAUCAUCGCUCUGCCUAACCCCAUCAAGGAAUCAUCCACAAGACCCCCCCUUUUCCACAUGGAGGAGGCCCUAGACCCUGCGCUACAGACUGUGUAUAGGAAGGCGGUGAAGUCCAAGUAUGCAAAUCUGUACAUUGCUGGUGCAGCAGAUCCUGAGGGAGACUACCAGCUUGAUGUUGAUGUCUCCGGGUUGAUCUUCUCCCAUCAUUCACUUUUCAGCCGCGAACACAUCCUGGGCGCCCGCCUAGCUCAGCUGUAUGAUCAGUACCUAACCAGGCAACACAAUAAUCUCACAGGUCACCUCACUGACAAGUUGAAUGGACUAAGGAAUGCACUGCGGAAUAUGCUGGAGAGCCAUAGUGGGCUUAACCCCACUCAGGCCUUGCAGCAGAGGAUUUCUGAGUAUAAUCUGGAGGUUAGGAACACUCGACAUCUCCGAGACAGUGAGCAGGAGAAAGACAGGACUCUUCUGAAAAAUAUAGUUAAAGUGUGGAAGGAGAUUAAAGCCCUGAGAGAGUUCCAGAAGUUUACCAAUACACCCUACAAGCUCUACCUCAGAAGGGAGAAUGUGGAUCGGGUGUCAGAUGAGCAGAACUAUGAAGAUGAAAUCUUGGCAGAGGUUGUAGAAUUAGAGGCCGAGACUGAGGAAGAAUACCAGAAUAAAUUCGCUGAGUACAAGAAACGGCUGGAAGAAUGGAAACUCUGCAGAAAGAAACAGAAAGCCAAAAAGAAAAGGCAAAAAAAGAAGAAGAAAGGUCAAGCACAGGAUGACACUGAAGGAGAAGAUGAAGAACAGGAUGUGAGUGAAUCAGAAGGACCUACUGACGAACCCCCCCCAAAGCCGGAGCCCCCAGAGAGACCAGACCUUGGCUUCAUAGAGCAGUGGGUGAGGGAGAAAGCCCUCAGGAUACGUAGGAAGCCAGGAGAGGCCAUCCUGAUUCCUGAGCUGUCUGCAUCUGCAAACAUAACUGCCAGUGAACUGUGCCCCAGGGCCGAAACAGCUCGAAGAGAAGAUGUUGCCAGGCGCUCUCUUUUCAUCAAGAUCCUUUACAAUGACAAAGAAGUUUCACGAACAGACAGUCGCUCCCUGAACGCCGACUUCAGGGUGCACUUUGGACAGAUAUUCAAUCUCAAGAUAGUCAACUGUCCCCAAAGCAUUAGUUUGCAGGUGUUUGAGGAGAUUGGAUCAUCAUACUCUCUCCUGGCUCAGGUGUUUCUUCCAGUGCCAGAACCCUCCGUUGUGACAGGCAGCAUUCCUCUUGAGGAAUUUGAGUUUAGUAGCAACCAGAGAGUGAUGUUUGACCACGAGGGAGUUGGAAGUGAUGUGCCCAUUUCCUUUGAAGCUGAUGGCAGCAACAAGCAAACUCCUUUGACUUCUGGGAAGGUCUCAUGCUGUGUUUCUUGGGGUAUCGGGGACGAUGAUGUACCCCUUGCACCUCCUAUUUCUCAACAACCUGGUGGCAUUCACAGUGGCAUGGGCCAUCUUGAUGCUGUUAGCUAUAUUGGGGCAUCUGGACUAUAUGACAUGAAAAAAAUUGGUGAGUGGGCCAGGCAGUCGCGUCUGGAUCCAAACGAUCCGAAAAAUGCCUCCAUCAUGCAGCUGCUAAAAGUGGCCAGUAGUGGAGAAGUAACGGCUCCAGAGUACUUCCGCCUCGAACAUCUCCAGGAGGAGUUUAAUUUUGUGACUGAUGAAGAGUUGGAAAAGUCUGGAAGGUUUCGUCUGCUCAAGCUAAGGAACCAGGAAGUUGCAGAGUUUCGGAAUUACAAAUUCAUUCCUGCUUUAGAGAGGGAGGUUACUGAUACGGUUUUCCAGGAGUAUGAAAAAAGAUUGAAAGAGGGAGAGGUAAUUGAUACCAAAGAGCAUUUGGAUUCACACAGAGCUUUAGUGGCCAAAUACCUUCAGAAGAUCCGAGAAUCAGUCAUCAACAGGUUUCUUCUUGCCAAGCAUCACUACCUCCUGUCUGAUUUGGUGAUAGAAGAAGAGAUACCAACCAUUGGGAUUUUAGGAAUAAACCUUUUCAAGCUGGCUGAACCAAAACGACCACUGAAACCUCAGAGGAAAGAAAGAAAGAAGGUGACGGCCCAGAAUCUGUCUGACGGAGACAUCAAAUUGCUUGUUAACAUCAUCCGGGCUUAUGAUAUCCCAGUCCGCAGGCUUCAGAGCAAUAAACCAGGACAGUCAUCUCAUAGUGCCCUUCAGGGCAGCAUUGGGCUUCUCGACCAGAUACAGGUGAGGCCAUUUGUGGAGGUUUCCUUCCAACGCACAGUACUUCAAACAGCCACAGCCGAUGGACCAAACCCAUGCUGGAACGAGGAGCUGCAGCUGCCUUUUAGCGCUCCAAAUGGUGACUACAGCACUGCUAGCCUGCAGUCAGUCAAAGAUGAGGUUUUCAUCAACAUAUUUGAUGAAGUUGUACAUGAGACUGUGAUGAAUGACAAAAACAGAGGGAAAUCAAUUCAAACCCACAUAGAGAAACACUGGCUGGGCUCAGUCAAGAUUCCUUUCAGCACAAUUUACUCUCAGUCCAAGAUUGAUGGAACAUUUAAAGUGAACACGCCAGCUGUGCUGCUGGGUUACAGCAAGGAGAAGAGCCACUUCACUAAUAGUGGUUUUGAUAUCUUGAGAAGUCUGAGUGAGGGAACAUUUAUCACGCUGUUCAUCACUGUCGAUCCACAGCUGGUACCUGGAGAGUCUGUUAGGGAGAAGUUUGACACCCAAGAGGAUGAGCGCUUACUGCAAGCUUCAGAGAGAUUUGAGAGGGACGCAGCUCAGAGAUUCCCAGACCGACCCUGCAUUACCACAGUCAUAGACCUCAGUGGGAAGACGGUCUUCAUCACACGUUACAUUCGACCACUCAGUCCCCCAAAGGAGCUACUGGAUGAAUUCCCCAGUAACCCAUUGGAAGCCACGCCCCUCGUUGCUCGAUUUGUGUCACUCAUCCCUUCUCUGCCUGACCAAGUUUCAUUUUCUGCAACCUGCGAUCUAUGGAGCACCUGUGACCAAUUCCUAACCCUUCUAGCGGGUGAUGAAGAGGAACAUGCUGUACUGUUGUGCAACUACUUCCUGUCUAUGGGCAAGAAAGCCUGGCUUAUAAUUGGCACAGCCAUACCAGAGGGACCCACGGCUUAUGUCCUGACCUUUGAGCAGAACCGCUACCUUAUCUGGAAUCCCAGCAGCGGUCAGUUCUACGGGCAGUACGACACCUUCUGCCCACUACAGGCAAUUGGCUGCUUGGUCAAUGCUGACAAUGUUUGGUUCAACAUUCAACAAUAUACAUCACCAAUGAGGGUCAGUUUUGACAUCACAAAAGCUCAUUUAUGGAAACCGUUUUUCUCCCGAACUUUCUCCCACCCUGGACUGUCUAGCGUACAACCAGAGGAGCUGGUGUAUCAUCGCACAGACAGGGCAGCUGCAGCAGAGCUUCAGGACAGAAUCGAGAGGAUCCUGAAGGAGAAGAUAAUGGAAUGGCGACCUCGGCAGCCAACCCGCUGGAACCGCUACUGCACCACCACCCUGAAACAGUUCCUGCCCAAGCUGGAGCUGAUCCGAGGACAAGAUGUGGCUGAGGGACACCGCCAUGAGCUGCAGAGCCUGCUGGGAGACUACAGAAUUUCGGGAUUCCCCCUCAAUCUGGCGUUCUCUGAGAUCCGGCCCAUUAUAGAGGCAGUGUACAGCACUGGCAUUCACAGUGUUCAGGCAUCAAAUGUGGAGUUUGCCCUGGCUGUGUAUGUGCACCCCUACCCAAAUAACGUCAUGUCAGUGUGGAUUUACUUGGCCUCACUCGUCCUCACAUGAUGUAAGACUCAUCGGACUGUGCCUCGCUGCCUUUGUGGUUUAUCAAGCUUCAGCUUUAUUAAAGCUGAUGUUUGAUGCAAAUUACUGUAGAUCAAGUUAUCUUCAUGAACUUUGCAAUAUUUUUUUUUGUACUUUUUUUUUGUAUUCAGCUUUCCAUAUGUGCUGGCCCAUCUCACGGUGUCUCCUUCAUACUUUGAGUCAGCAUGAAUGGGGUGCAGAUACCAGCUCAUUCUACCAGCUGUGACAAGAGCACUAGCAAAAAAGCACAAAUAUAGAAAAAUUAGUCAGCAGGGAAAAGGAGAGAGGAAUGGUCCGUGGAAGGCACCUGCAAAACGGUUCCGUUCCCUCUCCAGUGCUUCCGAUGUUACUUUUGUUACACCAAAGCAGCAAAAAUGGUCUCACAGUGGUUUCUGCUUCCGAACUAGACAGACUGAUACCCAUAAUUUUUAAUCACAUUUUUCAGUUAGGUUUUAUUUAUGAAAGCAAAAAAGACGUUUGUGUUCAUGAAAUGGUCAGAAACAAACUGUAAAAUGUAUAAACAUUUUCAAAUCAGCUAAAUUGUAUUUAAAUUAAAUGCAUAAACUUCUGUCACCACAGCUUGUUUGCUUUAAAUAUAUGCAGACACUCUGAGUCACUCCUCAAAGGUCUAUAUGUAUAUGUAUAUGUAUAUGGUAGAGCGAAUUUAAUGGUGGAGCUCACUUACUCACUUCACAAUCUCAAGUCUAAACCUUCCAAACAAUGAGUAAGUAAUAAAUGUUAAAAAUUUCCAUCUGGCUAGUGAUUAACAACCUGUAAACCAAAACCAAACAAAAAAUGCUUGCUUACUAAAAGAUUUAUGGUUUACAUUUUUCGUGCUGUUUUCAGUCAUAAGUUGGCUCCUUAAAUUGGCACUAAGACUUUGAGAACCCCCCUUUAGAUGGGUGUUACUUUCCACAGCAGGGCCCAGAUGUUGCUCUGUGCAGACAUCUGCAGAUAGGCUCCAAGUGAAGCUAAGUAAACAUAUAGUUGGAACAACUAUUCGUUCAAGGAGUCCAAUCCCAGUGUUUGAGGGAGAGGUCGCUGCAUGUGAGCAAAUUUCUGAGAACGUUUUUUUUUUAAAUUGAUUUUAAUCUAUGAAACAUUCCUGACCUGAAGGGAAGUGGGACUCUUCCAGAAUGAUCUCCCAUCAAUAAGAUGAGGGGCUACUGAAUGGGUUGAGUGUGAGAAUGAUGUGAAUCAGUCUUCAGAGUACUCAGAUCUCAACCCAAGUGAACAUAUAUGAAAGACUCUGUACCAAAAACUUGGGGAGCACUCUUCAGCACAAUCACCAAAACACCAGCUGAAGGAAUUGUGUUCAUCCAUCAGACUUCCAGACACUUGAAGAAUCAAUGCAGAGAUACAGGGUGCAGCAUAACCAAUGGUCCUGUGGCUUGGUGAGAAAUGUGUGUUAGUCAAGGUGACUGGCCAGCUGCUGAGGCAAAUUGGCUGAAACAAACCCUCACUAAUAAG